AUGAGGGUUGUACGGUUGUGGCAACACAACGAAAAAUCGACUGGAAGGAUGUGUCACACGCGGGGACGGGAGAAGGAGGAAGGAUGUUACAUGAGCGGAAGAGACUACAUUCGUCUUUCUGAUAACAAAGCAAUGGAAGAGUGCUUACGCAUGCAGGUGGAAUUGCGGCACAAAAUAAACGAGUCUAGCAAAAUUGUACAUCUCUACAAAACGCUCAUCGAUGCGUACAUUGUGGAUUUUUUUGACCAAAACCACUGGAACAAUUUACCGCCUAGUUGGAUACGCUGCUUCGCCACCAUCCCAAUCCAACAGCUUCCGGAACUACUCUUCUUUGAAGGAAGAAAAAGCGAAGCAAAUGUGUGGCCUUUAUCGGUGUUAGCCUUACGAUCGCUUUUUUGGCGUUUGGUGCACACCAGAACCAAACCAGCAGUGAAAUCUCAUACGAAACCCACCAGCUAUGUAUAUCACAAACAUUCUGGUUUGUUUAAAAAAUCGGUUAAAUUGAAAAAGCGACAUGAAAUUGAAGAAUUCGCAAACGAUUGCUCCCGAGAAUCGAUCGAAAACAUUGGCAGCACGCUGGUCGACAUCGGUUCGGGGCAGGGAAAUUUGGCUCGUACGCUUGCCUACGGAUACGGGUUUCGUGUUUGUUGCCUCGAGCAGAACGGAUCGUUCGUUAAGGUGGCAAGACAAAAAGACACUGAGCUAUGGCGACGGUUAGUGAAGCUCGAACCAGCAUUAAAUGGUUCCAUCAUACAUCCGGUUCACCUGCACGAGAAAGUCAAUCUCGAGCACAUUGAUCCCGGAAGCUUCGUUCAACUCCUACGAGAUGCGCUUAACGUCGAAAAGGAGCAGCAAAACGAAGGCUUUAACUUUGGACUAAUCGGUCUCCAUCCAUGUGGAGAUUUGGCUCCCUCGUUGCUUCGAUUGUUACUGGCCUGCCAGGAGUGUCGUUUCGUGAAGCUCGUAUGCUGUUGUUACAUGAAGCUUUCCUGCGAAAAUUCAACGACAAACGGCUCGUUCCAUGAGUAUGGUUUCCCGCUAAGUGACUUUUGUCGCACGGCCAAACUCACACUAAGCUACGAAGCUCGCGAAAUUGCUUGCCACGCGAUCGAGCAGUAUCGGGACAAAUUAAAAGUCGACUAUCGAGAGCUCAAAGUACACGCGUACCGAGCUGCCAUCGAAAGCAUUAUCGUCCGUUUGCGGCCUGACUUGAAACAUUCCGGACUGAAAGGUGGCAUAAAGGCAACGGAGACGAGCUUCGACGAAUACUGCCAGCGAGCGACUGAUGGGUUAGGGAUCGUUAUACCGAAGGAAGCGAUACAAGCAGAGGAGACGCAACAGAACCUUGCCCGUUGGGAAGAGGUUGUAAAGUUUUACACACUAAGACUGAUGUUUGCACCGCUCAUAGAAACAAUCGUACUGUACGAUCGUUUACUGUUUCUACUGGAAAAAGGUGCUCAUGCUCGCAUAGACGUCCUGUUUGAUCCAUAUCUUUCCCCACGGAAUCAUGUCAUCACGGCGUAUAAAUGA